GGUGGAAUUCCACUAACAAUAAACAUGCCUGGAUGUUGUGUAUCACAUUGCAAAAAUAAAUCUGAAAAAGGCUUUAGAUUGCCACAAGGUAAAAAUUAACCAUUGCUUGUAUUCAAUGAAACGGUCAUACCUAUAUUAUAUGUUUUAAUUUUUUUAACGGCAAAUAAGUGAUGUUAAUAGAAGAGCAUCUUGAGUGAAAAGUAUUGGAAGUUUGCUCGCAGAAUUGCUACUUUGUAGAGAUAGAGUGACCUUAUCCCUUCCUAAAAAUUGCGUGGUUGCAAACUCACAAAAAUGUAUGCAUUGUCGUAAGUUGCAUAUACAGGAUGGAACCUCUCAAGGUGGUCGAAGAAGACACUAGCUAGGCCAGUUGGCGCCGACCCUCCAAAUAGACAAGUUUCACUGCCCGUCUGCUAUUACUAUCCCGAGCGCCACUGCCAUCGGGACUGCCGCGUGGCUCAAAGAUCACGUCAUCCAAUGCACGAUAACUACCGCAGCUCGGGCUACCAAAUAUCGCCAUGGAACUUGGGGACGCCACCGCUUUGUCCUGCUUCUUGGGCAUGAACAAUUGGCUUCGCGACUACGUGUCCCGCUGUGCCGAAAUUCAAGCUCCAUUCAACGACAUGUUAAUAAAGGAAGCCCGUUUCAGGUGGACGGCCGCCGCGAACAUGACUUUUGAGCGUCUGCAAGAGGCCCUCGGUCAGCCACUGGACCUCCAUCGAAGAUCGAAGACCAGCGUCGGCUCAUAGUCAGCUCGAAACGAAUCCCGCUCAGACCACGUCAACCAACUGGAAGAGGUCAAUACUGGAAGGCCGACGAUUUACAUUACGCACGGACAGUCUAGCAUCCCUCUGGCUGGAUCGAAACAAGGCCGAUCGAAGUAAACUCACCCGCUGGGCCCUUUCAACAAAUACAACCUAUGUUAUUGGACAUACAUCUUACCAAACUUAUUACCUAUAAACAAACGUGACAAUGACAGCAUAAGAAGAUUAUAUACUUCAAUGCAAUUAUCUGUUUGGCAUCAUUGCGAUGAGAGGCAUUUAGUCCAUUAAAGGCUCCAUACUGCAGCCUCUGGAGGUGCGAACGCAGUAUAGUUAAAUUAAGAUGAAUAUUUGCAAUUUUAUCUUUUUUUUUCCAAAUCGCUGUGUUUUUGACUGACACGGCGGUGAUGCACCAAAAUAGUUUUUCGUUUUCUGGCAACUAAAAAAAGGUCAAAGAGUAACUAAUUAUUCUUUGGUCACGUAUAGCUACUUACUUAAAGGAUAUGUACCUAAAGGUUAUAAAUGGCUUUUGAUUUUUUGUAGGUAACAUAAUGAGGAUUUGGAUGAUGAGGACAGAAUGAGGAUUGUAAAAUACCUACAAAAACAGUAUCAAAUUCAUAAUUGUUUUUAUAUUUGCCGAUUUCCCGUCGCUGUGCGGAAAUAUAAUCUAAAGGUAUCGGGCGCGGAUAUCGUUUUCAAUAAGCGUGGGGAAUUGUAGGUCACUGGUGAGUUAAAAUAUACCUCGUUUCUGCAUGCACAUUUAGUUCCGCCGCAUCUUCGAUACCGGUAAAAUCAUGUCUCCAAAAUUAUAUGUUAUUGACGUCAGCCCUCCAGUUAGAUCGGUUUAUCUAGCGGCGGAAGCUUUGGGACUCAACCUGGAAUAUAUACAGCUGGAUUUAUUCUCCGGAGAACACUUGCAGCCGGAAUUUAGGAAGAUUAAUCCCCAGCAUACAGUUCCCACUUUGGUCGACGAUGAUGGAACCAUCGUAUGGGACAGUCAUGCCAUUAACGCCUAUUUGGUGUCAAAGUACGGAAAGGACGAUUCGUUGUAUCCAAAAGAUCUGGCAAAGCGCGCCGUUGUCGAUCAAAGACUGCACUUCGAUUCUGGUUGGGCUUUUCUUGGAGUUAGAAACAUUGCUGAACCCAUAAUUUUUUGGGGAGAUAAAACAAUUCCGGAACAGUACAAGGCGAACGCUCUUAAAGUUUACGAUUUUUUGGAAAGAUUCCUGGAUGGAAACACUUGGGCUGCGGGUGACCACGUCACGAUUGCCGAUUUUGCGCUAAUUCCAAAUAUAACGUCCUUGAACGUGUUGGUUCCAAUCGAUGAAGUCAAAUUUCCUAAGGUGAGGGCAUGGAUGCAGCGUUCGGAAAAGCUACCCUACUAUAAUGGAGGCAACAAAAAGGGCUUGGAUGAUUUCGUAACGCUAAUUGACAACAGGUUAAAUCCAUAACAAUACACUAACCCUUUUACUGAAUCAAGGUUUUUUGCUUAUUUUUGAAGAUUAAGUUUUUCUACUUAGGUAUAUAGUGUCACAGUACAUUUAAAUAGGUUGCACCAUUGUGAUCUGUUACCAUAAUUCACAAUUUUAAAAAUAUAGAUUGUAGGUAUGUGA